UUGUACCAUAAUUUUAUUUUAACAACCGGAACGCAAAUGCAAUAAAAUGUCCAACAACCGGAACGCCGUUCCGGUGCGUUCCGGCUACAGCUCACGACUGGACACAUGUAAAGGUGACAGUGGCGGUCCUUUACUGUGUCUUGAUAAUAACGGAAAGUUUAAUUUGCAUGGUAUAGCUUCAUACGGCCCAACACCAUGCGGACAACGGGGCCUACCGGGAAUAUACACCCAGGUAUCAGGAUAUCGUGACUGGAUUGAUUCAAACAUGAAAUAAAAAGAUUUUCCUUUGAAACAAAGCAUGGAGCAUUGAAGCACUAUUUAAUAUUAUUUUUUGCAUAUUCUAUUUAUUAACAAA